CCCGCGGUCCUUUUUACAGUGGCUGGGCACAUGGAUCCAUCCUCCUCCGCGCACCAGUGGGGGCGGUCGUCGUCGGCUCCGCCAAGCGCCUGCUCGCCCUCGACAUGGCAAUGAGAGAGGCGGAGCGGCCGGCGGGCGGGACAGCCCCACGGACCACGCCGAGCCGAGCACCGCAGCCGACAUGGACAUCGACUCCGGCGGAGGCCAUGCGGGCAGGGAUCCGGGCGCCAAAAGGAGGCACGGCGGCGGCAGCGGCGACGAUGCGCACGUCGUGGUCCAGAGGCCGGAGAAGCGCCGGAUUCUCGCGUGGAGGGUGCGCCAGUACCGGUCCCUGGUGGCCGAGGCCAAGGCAGCGGCGAGGAGGGCCAGAAUACGGACGGUGAGGAAGAGGACGGCCGCUUGGAAGAGCGUCCAACAGCAAUUCGCGCGCGCCACCCUGAGCUGCGACGGCCUGCACAAAUGGAGCCCCGGCGGCGGCGGAGGAGCUGCUUAGCAAUAUUAAAGAUCCGCUGCUUCAUUCAUGCCUUCCACUGGGCAUUGAUCUGUCUCCAGUCUCCACUGCAUUUCACUAGCAGCAGUUUUCGCCUUGUGAGAUUUUUGCAGUUAGAUGAUUCCGAGAGAGCAAAGAGUGAGUUGAGAGGGAUGGAGAGAGCACAGAAGGGAAGGAGAAAGGAAUAGGGAGGCGCGGCGAUGGUUGGUUCUCUGGCGGCACUGGAUCGGGCACGGGCGCAGAGCUCCUGCUCGGGGACGCGAAGAUCCAGGGAGGCACUCUCCCAUUCAGUUAACCUUACUAUCGGUUCCUGGGUGCAGCCCCGGCCGCCAUCGCCUGAACGGCGCGGACGCGUGCUUCUCCCCAGGGAGGGCCAUGCCGCUGCAGAUGAAACUGAAUCCCCUUCCGAGCCGGCGAACAUGACAUGGUUGGUUUCACGGGAUCGACUCGGCUACCUACAGAAGUGCCACCAAUCUGAAGUUCUGAACCAAGCUAUUGCGUCAAGGCAUGUAGGUUGAUUCAUAUGAUUCUUCAGCGGCAGCAAAAGUUUUUCAUGUACAUUCCUUCCUAUAAGCGACGGGCGCGACACGCACCUCCAACCAAUGCUUUCCCCGGUGAUCCCCGGCCACGAGCACGUCUAUCCCCUACAAGCCGCUACCGGUGCUCCCUCUCCGCUGGAUGCGGCAAGGUCGUGUGAGUGUUCUGUAGGUCGGCACUGCACCAUGGGCACAGGAUCGUCGCCCUCAUGGCCACAGCCGCAAACUUCGUGUCUGGCCUGCUUAUCCUCACCACUUUCAGUGUCGGAGGCAGUGCGUGACUGGUGACCAGUGUCCGACUUUGAUCGUCGAUGCUGAUGAUGGAUUCAAGCACUCCACCAUAUUCUUAGCUACAUCGUCAGGAUUCACACCUCGUCAGAUCCGAGAUCUCUGAUUUCCGAGUAAAUAGCAUAAAACUACUAGUUUACAGGCUUUGGUUCCAAAAAACUACCACUUUUUAUAAUUUUUCUCAGAAAGCUACCGAACGCGCGGUCCGCUGUUUCAAAAAACCCAAACCCGCGGUGACUAGCGAUUUAACCCGUUUUCUGACGGACCGGGCCCAUCUGUCAGCCCACGUGGCCACGCGCGCUCACGGCGCGGCCGUUAACGGCCGUUAGCCGACCGGCCCGGUCGGAACUGGGGUAAAUAACCUGCUCGGUCGGUCGGGCGCACCCGCUCGCACACUCUCUCGUGCUCGCUCGCUCACUCCCCUGCUCUCACUCCCCUGCUCCAGUACGAGCUCGCCGCCGCUCGUCGUCUUCGAGGCCGGUGGCCGUCGACCUCCUUGCCGCAAUGCCUUCCUGGAACGACGAGGAAACCAGCUCGGAGGAGGAGUGCGAGGUUGUCAGCAUGGACAUGGGACUUAUGGAGGAACCAGACACCACUGUGGAGCCCCUUUUCUGUGGCCAACUUGAGCUUGCUCAUCCCAAGUGCAUUCUGCACCAACUGAGGCCUAUUAAGCAUGUUGCUUUUGAAGGGCCUGUAACAGGAAGGCGUUUCUAUGGCUGCCCAGUCCAGGAAAAUGGUGUGAAUUGUGGUGUUGUAGAGUGGGUUGAUGGGCCUUGGCCAACUGUUCUUCAGAGAUGUUUGUGCAAACUAUGGGAGAUGUUCCAUGAGCAGAACUUUGGAAGGGUACAGGACAAGGAGAAGUUUGAGAAGGAGUUGGCCAGGCUUAAGAGUGAACAUGAAAGGGAGUUGGCCAAGCUUAGGACUGAAAAUGACAAGCUUUGCAUUGAGUACACCAAGCUUGUUGAUGAUGUAUCCAAGAUGUUUGAUUGGCAGGAUGGUAGGGUGGACAAGAAGGUGUACCAGAAACAAGUGGAGGAGGAAGAACUUGAGAAGAAGAAGAAGGAGCUAGAGGAGAAAGCUAUGUUGGAGGUGCAGAUGGAAAAGCUCAAACUUGCAAAAGAGCAGAGGUGCAUUUUGCAGAGCCAAGCUGAUAUCAUCAAGAACACCAGGAAGGCUAUGAAGGCUGUUGAAGUUGACAGAGAUGUUCUUAAGAAGGAGAAGGCAAAGCUUGAGCUUGUUGUUGCUGAGCUGCUGAAAGAAGGGUAUGGCAGCAAGGAGAAGUUAGAGCAAAUCAAGGCCAUCCUUGAGUCUUGAAGCUUGAUCUUGGUGAAGUAAGUACAUCCAAAGGCCUUUAUAUAAGGAUGUGGCCUGGCAUGACUGCAAGUGAUUAUGGGUGUACAUUUUGGGGGAAUGUGAAGUUUAACCUAGUGCAAGAACCUUAUUUCCUAUGUUGUUAAGUUGUAAUGGAUCUUCUAUUAAGUAGUGGAAAUGGAUCUCUUAUGCUACUAAGUUGUGGAAAUGUAGAAUGUAUGCUAUUAAGUGUUCAACUUGAUCUUAUAUCUUUUAUAUGUUAUUUGUUAGCCUACUAAUAUUA